AUGGGCCUGUCGACGACUGGGACUCUAGUAAAACCCUCGUCCAGUCUCGUGUAUACGUUAAAUCUGUACUACGUGCUCAAAUACAACGAUCAUCUCCCUAAACACACUGUUUCUCGUCGUACACGUCGGCGAUGCAUUGAUCGAAUUGACAGUUUGCAUUGGCGGCAGGCGGCGCACGAACAAGACGUAGCUCUUGGCUUCUGGCCUAGCACUUCUGUAUCAGCGGAUCCGGUGCCUCCUUCUCUCAAUGACUCAACUCUGGAAGAUGAUCUGGAUAUUGACCUCGAACCGCCGCCACCUCAAAACCAUCACGACGACGAUGAUACAACUCUGCCAACCUGGGGUCUGCCUAAUCACGAAGCGUUCGACUAUGGCGCGUUGAAUCAAGAAUCCUUCCAGAGUGACCUAGAGCUUGACGAUAACAGUGACUUCGGAGUUGAGACUGCCCCCCAGACCCCAAUAUACGAUCCUGAAAUGGAUUGGGCUUCUGACUUGGGCUACACGUCUGCAAACUCUCGAGCGGCCUCGCCCACCGUUGGGCUGAAUAUAGAUCAGAUAGGAAACAAUCUUGAAGACGAGGCGCCUCAGGUCCCGCUUACCCCUGACGCUCCAGAUUUGGAGUUGAAUGAAGAAACAGCACAAGAGCCCAACAUUGACACUCCGAUGGAUUGCAGCGAGUUACCUGAUGGGCUGCGUGUAUUCAAAGAGCUGUUACUCAAAUUUUCGAGCGACGGUAACCUAACAGUUACGGCUGCAGAAGCUUUCCUGAAAACGAUCAAUAUGUGUCUGGAGAAAGGCCUAUUACAAUGUGGCUCUGAGUCGAACCCAGCGCAUCGACUACCAAUGACGUUGGAGACACUACAGCGACAUGCCGGCGAUCCUCCCGACAUUAUGAAUGUCUACGCUAAGACAAUUCGGCACCGUGGUUCACGUAAAGUCACCUAUCGCUACACGCCAAUCCUACAAUAUGCAUUUGGCUCUGUGAAGCGUCAGUUGAAGUCAAUACUCGAACGUCCUGGAAUCUUGGAAGCUAUCAAUAAGCACCGGGAAUACCUUAGGAGAGAAGGCAAACCAGACAACGUACUCGAAGAUAUUCAAGAUGGUGAGCUCUGGCGGAACUUUCAGAAGGGUGAUACCAAGUUUUUCGAAAACCCUCACAACAUCGGACUCAUUUUGAUGUGCGACGGCUUCUCACCUGCUACACGGCAGGGUGCCGCGUCGUACUCCAUGGGUGCUAUCAGCAUGUGCAUAGCUAACCUUCCACCUGAUCUUCGAAACCGGCCGGAAAACAAAAUUCUUGUUGGGGUAACACCUGGCCCACAUGAGCCAAAUGUCAACACAAUAAAUAACUUCUUGAAGCCAAUGGUUUCUGAGUUACUUGAACUCUGGAAGGAGGGUAUGUCUAUAACUCAUCCUGACGGAACACUGGAAGUGGUCUUUGCUGCUCUAGUUGCAUGUGCUUGCGAUACGCCUGCCGCACGGAAGGUUGGUGGGUUUCCUGGCACAGGUGCUCAAUAUCCAUGUACUGCGUGCUGGUGCUUGCAUAAGGAGUUUGAUAGAUACGACAAAAAGUUUCCGCGUAGAUCCAGAAAGGAGCAUAAAUGCGCAUCCAAGGCAUACAAACUGCUGCCUAAUAAAACGCAGAAAGAAAACUUCAUAUCUGCAGAUUUCCAGAAGGACAAGCCUGGUGGCUACUGGUACAGUGUGUUGCUACGCUUACCAUACUGGGAUCCUUCCACUAUGGUUAUAGUUGACCCUAUGCACUGUUUAUUCCUGGACAAUACAACCCAGACACUGUGGGCGACCGCCAGUUGUCUGGCAACAAUUGACCUUCCAAUAGCAAUUCCUAUUCUAUGGGAUAAAGUUGAUAUCAGCAGUGUAGAGCAGCAAACACACAAGGCAUGGGCAAAACUCAAAGAAGCAGAGGAAAAGAAGAAAGCUGAGCUGAGAAAAGGUGACAAAGUGACUUGUAACGCUGCAAAAGCCCGGCAGCGGGCCUUAACAAACACCAAUCCAACUACACGCCCUCAAAAACGACAACAUACCACUCGAGUUGGUAAUCAGUCUGGUGAUAGCAACUCAGAUCUACCUUUGGAUGCUUGUGAUGUUGCUAAUUUGGAACAAACCAAGGAGGUUGAUGCUGACCAACGCGGGUUUAUUUCUUGGAGGUUGCAGGACGCAGACGGAAUACUCUUCUAUCAACAGCUAUCAAACAUUUAUGCUCUUGCACAGUCAGGUCUGCGUGGUGCUGAGCAAAUGCGCCCAAACCAUCAUGGCAGCUCUCAUCUCCCUGAGCAGAUUGUAAGAUACGGCCCAAUGUCACAAAUUUGGACAUACUCCGACAACAUUGAAACUUCCAUUGCUUGCCGCGCCUCUGUUUUGCUCAAACUCGCACAAAUUGACGCAUUUUACAGUGCUUUUGUGCAAGCUCAACCUGAUAUCCCAAUUCAACAAGCAGCAUACAAGCAUGGAAACGCGCCUGUUCUUGAACUAGAGGUAAAUCCUCUUCGAGAGGUGAAGCACAGAGGUUGUAUUUUCAGUAUGUCCUCUUUUUGCGACUCAAUUAUCAAGGCAGUUGUGAUGGAAAAUGGUCAACUUGCGGAGCAAGUAGGCAAAAUUAUCGACAUUUGGGAACAUAAGCAAGCUAUUUCUUCAACUUCUAGUGUUUCAAACACCUUUGUACUUGUACAAUGGUACAAGGCUUCACCAAUCUUUGCUUUGCAAGCCGUUUGGCUAUGGACUGUGGACUUCCCAGAUGCCAAUGUAGAAAUAUAUGUCCCAGACCAAUACCUAGACUGGGAAGCAAUUAUUCCUGUUAGCAAUAUUCAGUGUCAUUGUGCUUGGAUGACUGUGAAUAUUGACAAUUGCCCUGUUUGGGUGGCAAUUGGGCUGGACCAAGAGUGA